CCUCUGUCUCAUUCUGUCUCUCUCUCUUCCAUCCACCCAUCUCUCUAUCUGUCCAUCUGUCCAUCCAUCCUUCCUGAUCUCUUUCUCUUUCUCUCCCUCUUCACAUCCCCCCAUCAAACAGAGGCCAAGAUGGCGAUGAAAGAUCUGCUGAAAGAAGAUGACAUCAAGAAGGCCCUGGAUGCCUUCAAGGCGGCGGACUCCUUCGACCAUAAGAAGUUCUUCGUGAUGGUGGGUCUGAAGGCCAUGUCUGCGGAGAACGUUAAGCAGGUCUUCAAGGUGCUGGACGUGGACGAGAGCGGCUUCAUUGAGGAGGAGGAACUCAAGUUCGUGCUAAAGGGCUUCUCCUCAGAGGGAAGAGACCUGACUGACAAGGAGACCCACACAUUCCUCAUAGCCGCCGACAAGGAUGGAGAUGGCAAAAUCGGCAUUGACGAGUUUGAGGCUUUGGUACACGAGUAAGGGGCGCUACUUCACUGGGCUGCCCCAUUGGCUGGUUGCCAUGCCACCCCACCUGUUGUCUCCCCCAUCAUGCCAACCCC